GUGGAAUAAUAUUCAAUCUUUGAAUGUGUGUAAAAAUCAUUUUCCAUAUUAUUCAAAAAUAUAGACUGCCUUUUAAAACUAUUGUUUCUAGCAAUUAAGGAGGUGCUUUAAUACUUUCUUGAUACAUACAUGAAUACAUACAUAGCAAUUAAAAUGAUUACCUAUCAUUCACAUUUAAUGAGGUUUUUUAUUAGAAUACCCACCAAGGUGAACAUUGAUCAUACCAAGUUUACUUUAUAAAAUAAUUGAUCAAAGUACAUGUUCAAAAUCCAGCAAAUUUUCAUGGAUCUUGGUGAAAUGGAUACUUUUUGUUAUGGUCAGUCAAUUCAGAGCCAGGAGGGCUCGACGAAGGGCGACCGAUCCUCCUCCGAAGUGACGCCUCCCAAGCCGCAGGAGGAGGGCAAAGAGGGCAAGGAGCGAGGCAGUAGAGAGUCGCGCGGCAAGAAGAAGUCCUCGUGGUUCAAUUCCUUCUAUCCGUCGUACAAGAACAAGUCGGAGGACUUCAAGAAGCUGUUCAAGGAGGUGCCAGACGACGAGAGGCUGGUCGUCGAUUAUUCUUGCGCUCUGCAAAAAGAAAUCCUCCAUCAAGGCCGCCUUUACGUCACGCAAAACUACCUGUGCUUCUACGCCAACAUUUUCGGUUGGGAGACGAACAUCUCGUUGAAAUGGAAGGACGUCGCGGCCAUCACCAAGGAAAAGACGGCUCUGGUCAUCCCGAACGCAGUCUUGAUCAGCACCAAAAAGGACAAGCUCUUCUUCACCAGCUUCGUGGCCAGAGACAAGACCUACUUGAUGUUGUUUCGCGUGUGGCAGAACGCCCUCAUGGAUCAGCCUAUGACCGCUCAGGAAAUGUGGCAAUGGGUUCACCAAUGCUAUGGCAGUGAAUUGGGCCUCACCAGUGACGACGAAGAUUACAUUUCUCCAACGUUAGAGGAGGACAAACUCUCAGUACGAUUGUCAGUUGAAUCAUUCACUGAGGAGUGUACCACGUAUAUGGACGGUACCAUGGACUCUGUCAGUACCUCAGACAGGAUGGAAAUCGAGGAGAAUAGGACGCCUCAUACCAUGGGGCCUCAGAGGUGUGGUUCCGAACCACGCUUGCCCACAGAUGUCACGGAUAAUUCCGAAUCGGAUGCCGAACGAACAGUAAAAAAAAAGUUUUCUUUUUCUUUCCCGAGGGAGUAUUUCCUGAAGGAGCCUUUACCCCUCCCAACUACCCCUGAUUCUGAUGAUCCCCAAGUUAAUUUGGAAGGGUUCAAGUCCGAUUUGGCCCCCCCGCGGUGCACGUGCCCCCACGAGGGCCGCCACCUGGCCGAAGAGAUCAUCCCGAUGCACGUCGACCAGCUGUUCACGCUGCUCUUCACCGGCUCCAAGUUCUUCCUGGACUUCCAUGCGGCGCGGAAGACCACCGACCUGGCGCAGACGCCGUGGACGCACGAUCCGCUGGACGGCAGCAAGAGUCGCGUGGUGUCUUCGACGGUUUGUUUGGGGCAGACGAUGGGGCCCAAGUCGGCCCAGGUCACCGAGACUCAAGUUAUGCUUCCGUGCAGUAAAGCCGGUCAUCUCUACUCGGUGGAGAUCGAAUCGAUCAAUGCGGGGGUGCCUUACGCGGACAGUUUCAGCGUCCUGGUCCACUACUGUCUCCAAAAAGUUUCCGAUACGCAAAGUAGCUUGAACGUUUUUGCGCAAGUCAAGUACAAAAAAUCCGUGUGGGGUUUAGUGAAAGGUAUGAUCGAAAGAAAUUGUUUCGCUGGUCUCGAAGAUUUCUGCGCUCACUUGACAAGAGCCCUACACGCAGAAGGUGAAGAUAGCAUUCCGGAACUGAAAAGAAAAUCCAGAAGGAAAAGGCGAAUGCACACCUUACCCAAGUUGGCUGUUGAAGAAAGUGUCCCAUCUAGGAAAAAAAGUAGUGAUGGCAUUUUCAGCACGGAAGUGUGCACAUUGAUAGUAUUCUCAGUGUUAUUGUUGCUGUUGUUUUUGAAUAUAAUGUUAUAUUAUAAAUUAUGGUCAUUAGAAGAAGGUCCUCCAUAUAGUAUCCUAGAUAUGCAUUUAUUGAAAAGUCCUCCGAAGACCCAUGAAGAAUGGAUAAAGCUUCUCCAGCAUCAAGAAGCCUUGCAUUCAGUGGAGGCACAAAAGUGGCAGAAGUUAUUGAAAAAUUCCAUUCAUCUACUGAAGCAGGCAGAAGAAUCUCUGAACGAAUUGCAACGCUCUAUACACUCGACAUUCUCUAGCAAUUUGGUAAGCAUCCUUCAAAAUCAGGCAGCAACAUCGGACGCUAGGGAGGAUCUAUAG